CUCACCCUGUACCCACCCUCAAAGUACUGUACAAACUCUGAUUGCCCAAAGACUGCUGCACUGAAGUGGGCAGAGCCCAGACAAAUCAUUAUUCAUACACUUGAUCAAGGCACUCUACCUGUGUGGGCCAAUCACUUGAGCUGCAAGAGUAUGUCAAUUUUUUAA